AUGACCCCAGAGGUAGACGCGUUACCAGCCGAUCAAGGCUACGGUCGACCAAAGACGAGGCAGAGAAUCCAAAAGCCGGCUCCGUCAUUAGCCGUCCCCAACAUCGACGAGGACGCUGCUGAACGCAGGCGGGUGCUGAAUGUACUAGCCCAACGUCGAUACCGAGAGCGGAAGAGACACGCCAAAGGCCGUACAGUCGCCAGGGAUACUGCAUCAACAUCCAGCUCCACCCCUCAGAGCAAUGGGUCUGUGGAGGGUACCGCAGACCAAAGCUGUCUCUCGGCUGAAGUCCAUCAAGUCGCCACACCACCACUGCAGGAGCCCGGCGAUGCUUCUCACGAGCAGUCAAGGGGUUCGGAGGGGGUAGAUGUCUGCUUGGAGACGUUGUGGCCGACUGAAGCCUCGGAGCCAACGACCCAAGAGCUGCUUUCAAACGAGGAGUAUCUUCACGGCUUUGACGGAAGCGAUCUGUCGAACGAGCAUGAUGCAAUCUUCAUGCCUAGCGACGCAUGCAGCUCGUUCUCGUUCCCCUCGACCGUAGACCCUGCUGCGCUUUUUGCCUACUCCCCGGCAAGGCCCCCGGUAAUAAAGGACGUCGACGAUCUGUCGUUCCCAGACUCCUAUCUCCUCCCCGUGAACGAGCUCACCCUCCUAAAAGCGUUUCUACGCAUCGGAUCCCGGAUCAAGUGCAACUCAUCCCUGUGGGAAAUGACAGCCACCUCGCCGUUCAACGACGGCACGCACACGCCCGCCUCGACGCUGCAGCUGCCGGCGACGUGGCGACCGACACCGUCUCAGAUCUCGGUGCCACACCACCCGGUGAUCGACAUGCUGCCGUGGCCCAGCGUCCGCGAGCGCAUUAUCAUGCUGCUCUGUCUGCCGGACGAAGCGCGGCCCCCGGCCGCAGCCGGCCCACUCGCCCUGGUCCAGCUGGCGUACGACCUGGAGGAUGCCGCCGAGGGUGUGCGGAUCUGGGGGAACGACCCGUGCGAGGCGACCGCGUGGGAGGUCGGGCAGGUGCUUUUCGAGCGUUGGUGGUUCGUCUUUGAUCGCAAAAUCGUCGAUCAGAGCAAUUACUGGCGGAGACUACGCGGCGCGGAAUCGUUGUCGAUGAAAGCGCAGUGA